AUGAUGAAACCUUCUUCGCCGAUGCGAAAUCGGACGCCUUCCGACCGCGUACCUGCGCACUCUUCACCUCGGCCGGCAACUCCUUUUGGUCACCAUGUCGUCCUUCAACUCGGCGUCGAAGCCGCAUUCGCCCUUCAAGCUCCGAGACCUCAAGCCUCAACGUUCAACUUCAUUCAGCGCUGGUCUGCCUCACGACCACGUAUCCCCUUCUCUCAUUGCCUGCCCAAGCAGCGCUAUGUACCUUCGUUCGACGGGUCUACGGCAUUCAAUUCGUCGCACAUCACGCUCCAAGCUUCAAGGGUCUUCACUCGGUCGCAUCAACCACUCGCCUCCGACAUUCUGUCACACUCCAAGAUGAAUGGCGAUCACCCGCGGCGUCUUUUCGUUUGUUCUUGCACUGCAUGUCUUUGUAUCACUUGUAUUGUCCAGUCACAAUAUCAUCCGCGCUUCAUUCUACGCGUCUAUUCACGUUGA